AUGUCUAUUAAUACCUACCACGUACACGCACAUACCAGGGCAGCUUCAUCAUCUACAUACUACGGUCAGCAAGAGACAGAAAGGCAGAACAAAGUCCCUGACGAGAGGAAAAAAUUAAAAGAGUCAGCUUGUUACACGGAAAAACAGAGGAGAGAGCAUAAGAAGGAGGAGAAGAAGCUUGGAACUCAAGACUCCGCCACGGCAACGAGUGAAACAACGAUGAUGCAAAUGCUAGACACUCCUCCCCCCUAA